AUGCCCGGCUCCAUCUACCAGCCCGACGGCGGGCAGGCUGCCCGCGGCCCGCCCCGCUGCCUGGCGCUGCUCAGCCCUCCGCCACCGCCGCCGCCGCCCACCGGGCAGGAACCGGAGCCCGAGGCGGAGCGGGAGGAGCAGCAGCAGCCGCCGCCGCCGCCGCCGGACGAAGCGGCCGCCCUGCGGUUCGCCCUGGAGCAGCUGUCGCUGCUGGGGCUGGACGAGGCGGCGGGGGAGGCUCUGGAGGAAGCGGAGCCCGGCGAGGCUCUGGGAGGCCACCGGGGGACCGGGGGCAGCCCCCCGCUUACCGGCACCGCCUCCCCCCCCCCCCCCUCCUCCUCCUCCUCCUCCUCCUCCUCCCCUCCUCCUCCUCCCCACCACCACCACCCCGGCGUUUUCGGGCCCUUCGCCCCGCACCUCCCGCUGCCCGAGCAGAUGAGCAUCCUGGGUGGCAGGAAGAAAAGCGUGAACAUGACCGAGUGCGUGCCCGUGCCCAGCUCCGAGCACGUCGCCGAGAUCGUGGGACGCCAAGGCUGCAAAAUCAAAGCCCUGCGCGCCAAGACCAACACGUACAUCAAGACGCCGGUCAGGGGCGAGGAGCCUGUUUUCAUCGUGACCGGGAGGAAGGAGGAUGUGGAGAUGGCCAAGAGGGAGAUCCUCUCGGCCGCCGAGCACUUCUCCAUGAUCCGGGCGACGCGCAACAAAGUGAACGGGCUGACGGGCGCGAUGCAGGGGCCUCCCAACCUGCCGGGACAGACCACCAUCCAGGUGAGGGUCCCGUACCGCGUGGUGGGGCUGGUGGUGGGCCCCAAGGGAGCCACCAUCAAGCGCAUCCAGCAGCAGACGCACACCUACAUCGUGACGCCCAGCCGGGACAAGGAGCCCGUCUUCGAGGUGACAGGCAUGCCCGAGAACGUGGACCGGGCCCGGGAGGAGAUCGAGGCACACAUCACCAUGCGGACAGGCUCCUUCAUCGACGUCAACGCCGACAACGACUUCCACACCAACGGCACCGACGUCUGCCUCGACCUGCAGGGCGGCACGACCGGCUUGUGGGCCAAGGCCCCGCACCCUGCCCGGCGCCCCGCCGCCGCCCUGUGCAACGACAGCCUCAGCUCCCUGGGCAGCGCCUCCACCGAGUCCUUCUACAGCGGGCGGGUGGCGGACGCCAGCCCCACCAGCCCCUACAGCACCAGCAGCGGCUUCGCCUUCAGUGAGCCGCCGGCCUCGCUGGGCUCGGAGGAGUGCGACUUCGGCUUCGACUUCUUGGCCCUGGACCUCACGACGCCCACCACCAUCUGGUCGCCCUUCGAGCGCGCCGGCAACCCGCUGCAGGCCUUCAGCGGCUGCUCCUCCUCCGUCGGCGGCUCGCAGAGACGCAGCAGCGGGGCGGCCACGCCGCGCCACUCACCCACCCUGCCCGAGAGCACCGGUGGGGCGCUGGAGCACCCCUUGGCCCGCCGCAUCCAGAGCGACCCCGUCAGCACCUUGUCCUGGCUGCCCACCCAAGGCUCGCUCUCCUCCUUCUCCACCAGCACGGGCUACUCCUCCUCCUCCUCCCUGCCCGGCAGCAUCUCGGCUGCCUCGGGCUCGCCCACCGACUCGAGCAGCUCCGACGGGCACCGCAAGAGCUCCCGCGAGUGCAUGGUGUGCUUCGAGAGCGAGGUGAUCGCCGCCCUGGUGCCCUGCGGCCACAACCUCUUCUGCAUGGAGUGCGCCAUGCGCAUCUGCGGCAAAGCCGAGCCCGAGUGCCCCGCGUGCCACACGCCAGCCACCCAAGCCAUCCACAUCUUCUCCUAG